AUGUUGAUGCUAGAUGAUCAAAAGCGACAAAAUGAUCUUGUUGAAUUCCUUGGACAAUUAAAUGAAACACAAAAAGAUAUUAAAACAGCAAAAGUACCGAAUAAAUUGGAGAACAAAUGUGUGUGUUCAAAAAGAUAUUUUAAAAAAUGGGAAAAUAGAUUGAAAUUAAAGUAUAUUGCAAAAUUAGCAAUUCCAAAACCAGUUCAUCUUAGGCCUUGGCCGAAUCCAAAGUUGGAAGCUGUUUUGCCAUUACCAGUAGUCAAAGCUACUUUAACUGGUAAAAUUCCUAGUAGAAUUUAUAAAUUGGCAGUACCCAAAAUUAGGACGAAAAUGCCAAGAGAUGUAGUUCAUCGUACAUUCUCAUCGGGUGAUGCCAACUUACAAUACAGGCAAUCUAAAAAUCUGCUAAAAACCCGUAAAAGAAUUCUAGAGCUUGCAAGACCAAAACCUAAAAUUAGGCACGUACACGAUAGAUGUCUAAAAUCUGAAUUUCCCGAAAAACUUUAUAGUAAACCUAAUAAAUUGACGAUACAAAGUAAUUCAAAUGAUUGGAUUAAACAUCAGAAGUGGCUUAAGAAAAACGCAGCACCUAAAAAAAUAUUUAGAAGAUCCCCAGAGGUUAAAAGACGAUCAAAACUGACGAAAUCCCAAACAAAUAUAAUGUUAAAUAGACUUUCUCAAAUGCCAAAAUUAAAAAGAUUUAUUAAAAAAUUGGUCGUAAGAACAACUGAGCCAAGACCAUUUGGUCAAAUAACACCUAUGGGUCUGGGCUGGGUUCAGCGAUUAUCAGUACCUAGAAAAUUAUCUUCGGAGACGCAAUUGAAUCUGGAUUAUGAUCCCGGUGUCAUUCCAAGGGCUGCUUUAAACGCAAUAAUUACACCCCGCCUAAAAGAAUUAGCCGAGCCAAAAUUUAAUAUUAAAACCGUCAACACAGAAUUCAAAGAAAAUGCAUUCAAAAUAUCACCUACUGCAUUGACAUAUAAAGCUACUAAACGCAUUAAAAAAUUGGCGAUGCCACGAGUACAUUAA